CCUUGCGCACCACUUGGCACAACGACAUCGCAACUUCCAUACCGACACACUGCAAGCUUGACGAAAUCACAAACAUCCUCCAUAAUCAUGCCUUCCUAAUUACCAUGAGUCCCAUUGUGACUAGGUACGAAGAGGCGGAACGACAAGGAGACAAGAUCAAAUACCAUGUCUGGGAAAACAUUGACCUGCUGCCGUUCGGACUUUGGAAGCAUGAGAUUAAAUUCAACUGCUCUUUCGAGAACAAGAACGAUGGCGUCACCUCCUGGAUAGAAGCGCCGAUGGGACUGACGAGCAAAGCCGUGUACUCCGUGAAGACGCCAACUGAUCCCAAGCACGUCGAAUCAGGGGGCGAAUGCGUGCUGGACGAGAGCAUCGACAGCUCUUGCAAUUUCUUUCUCAAACCAUUUGUCGAGGCGACGAUGGUAUCAACGCGGAAGAAAAUGCAUGCUCGCAUUCUUGCAAAAGCGAAGGCUUCACCUACAGCCGACCCACCAUCCGCAUAGCAUUGCUCACGAGCAUUGUAUUGCUUGGAGAGCCCGACUUGUUGACAUUUUCUUGAUACCCACCAACUUUGAGAGCAUAUCACGACAGAUGAAGCAUAUACUAUGCAAGACUUUUUUCCACAG